AUGCUGAGAAGAGUGGUUCAACAAUCUCGCAAAUUUCAUCGUUCCGUCGUCAAUGGCUACUCUUCAACCGCACCAUGCCAUUACUCUUCUUCUACCAUCUCCAUCGAUCGUUCUUCCCUUCACAACCCACCUGAACAUUCUCACCGACCCACUUCCGAUUCUGAACUCGUUAAGCACCUCAAAGGGAUUAUCAAGUUUCGUGGAGGUCCUAUCUCAUUAGGUGAGUAUAUGUCAGAAGUUUUGACAAAUCCUAAAGCUGGAUACUACAUUAAUCGAGAUGUUUUUGGAGCUGAAGGUGAUUUUAUCACCUCUCCUGAAGUCAGCCAGAUGUUUGGUGAGAUGGUUGGUGUAUGGGUGAUGUGUCUGUGGGAGCAAAUGGGUCGACCGGAAAAAGUAAAUCUAGUUGAGCUGGGACCGGGACGUGGAACUCUUAUGGCUGAUCUUCUUCGUGGUGCUUCAAAAUUUAAGAACUUCACCGAGUCCUUACAUGUACACCUGGUGGAGUGUAGUCCUGCUCUAAAAAAUCUUCAGCACAAGAAUUUGAAAUGUGUUGAUGAAGAGAAUGCAGAUGAAGAUUCAGAUAAAAGAACUGUAAGCACUUUGGUUGGCACUCCUGUGUCAUGGCAUGCUACACUGGAGCAGGUUCCUUCAGGAUCGCCAACAAUUAUCAUUGCACACGAGUUCUUUGAUGCCCUACCAGUCCAUCAAUUUCAGAAAGCAACUCGUGGCUGGUGUGAGAAAAUGGUUGAUGUGGCAGACGAUUCAUCGUUACAUUUUGUUCUAUCCCCACAUCCUACACCUGCAACUUUGUAUCUGUUGAAGAGAGCCAAGUGGGCUGCAACUGAGGAGAUUGCAAAGCUCAAUCAAAUUGAAAUUUGCCCCAAAGCUAUGGAUUUGACUCAGACCAUCGUCGAACGGAUAAGUUCUGAUGGUGGUGGAGCUUUAAUCAUUGACUAUGGCUUAGAUGGAGUAGUCUCAGAUAGUCUCCAGGCAAUACGGAAACACAAGUUUGUCAAUCUUCUAGAUGACCCCGGAUCUGCUGAUCUCAGUGCAUACGUUGAUUUUGAUUCUAUUAGACAUUCUGCAGAGGAAGCCUCAGAAGAAGUGUCUGUUCAUGGGCCAAUUACUCAAUCUCAAUUUCUUGGUGCCCUUGGAAUAAACUUCCGUGUUGAAUCCCUCCUUCAAAACUGUACAGAAGAGCAGGCUGAAUCUUUGAGGACAGGAUACUGGCGUCUUGUAGGUGACGGUGAAGCUCCGUUUUGGGAAGGAGAUGAAGAUAAUGCCCCAAUCGGUAUGGGUAGUCGCUAUAAGGCAAUGGCUAUAGUGAACAAGAACCAAGGUGCUCCAGUUCCUUUUCAGUAA